AUGUCGCCCGCGGUUGUCGAUAUUGUUGAGACCCCGGUCGUUGAGUCCCCCGUGGAGACCAUCCCCGUGGUCGAGGAGCCCGUGAUUGAGUCCAAGGGCAGCUCCGUCGAAUACCUGCCCCUGAACAGCGUUGAUGCCGUCGACCUGCCCGCCAUCGGCGCCACCAAGCUGCGCAAGAUGAUUUUUGAGUCCAACGAGCUCAUCGUCUGCCCCGGCGUCUAUGACGGCCUGUCAGCCCGUACCGCCAUCGAGACCGGCUUCAAUGCCCUCUACAUGACCGGUGCCGGCACCACCGCCUCGCGUCUUGGCCAGCCCGAUCUGGCCAUCGCCCAGCUCCACGAGAUGCGUGAAAACGCAGAGAUGAUUGCCAAUCUCGACCCCUUCGGCCCCCCUCUGAUUGCCGACAUGGACACCGGCUACGGCGGCCCCAUCAUGGCUGCCCGGACCGUCGAGCAGUACAUCCGCGCCGGCGUCGCCGGCGCCCACCUCGAGGACCAGGUGCUGACCAAGCGCUGCGGCCACCUGUCCGGCAAGAAGGUGGUCCCCCGCGAGGAGUACUACUCGCGCAUCCGCGCGGCCCACGCCGCGCGCGUCCGCAUGCGCUCCGACUUCGUGCUCAUCGCGCGCACCGACGCGCUGCAGUCGCUCGGCUACGACGAGUGCAUCGAGCGUCUGCGCACGGCGCGCGACCUCGGCGCCGAUGUGGGCCUGCUCGAGGGCUUCAAGAGCAAGGAGCAGGCCGCGCAGGCGGUCAAGGACCUCGCGCCCUGGCCGCUGCUGCUCAACAGCGUCGAGAACGGCGCGAGCCCGACCAUCACCGUCGACGAGGCGCGCGAGAUGGGCUUCCGCAUCAUGAUCUUCUCCUUCGCCUGCAUCGUCCCCGCCUACAGGGCCAUCAAGGAGACCUUGACGCUGCUCAAGACCAAGGGUAUCGUCGGCACCCCCAAGGACCUGACGCCCGUCAAGCUGUUUGAGGUUUGCGGUCUGAAACACUCCAUGGAGGUAGACCAGUCUGCUGGCGGUCUUUCCUUCUCUGACGGCAUCUCUAACGCAUAA